AUGUCGGACCUACCACAUCUCAUCCCCGAGAAUUCCUCCGCCAACCCUCCUCAUCAAACCCACGAUUUCUCCCCGUCGUGCCCCUUUUGCAUGAUAUCAACAACCUACGGACCAAUCUCGCCCAUAUCUGCACCAAUUCAUGCAUCGCUGGACAGCAGGAAACUAGAUCCGCCGGCCUUCGUGCUCUUCUCCAGCGAACAUGUCAUUGCCUUUUUGGAUAUCAUGCCAUUGACACGAGGCCAUGUUUUGGUAGCGCCUAGAAAGCAUCGCGUCAAAGUGGGCAGUUUGAGUGCUGAUGAGAGCGCCGAGAUUGGUCGAGUGUUACCCAUGCUCGCACGUUCCGUGAUAAAGGCCGUCAUGCCGGAUAUCCCGCACGAGGAGGCGGACUACAAUGUAGUCCAAAACAAUGGGCCCGGAGCCGCACAAGUCGUUCCGCACGUACACUUCCACAUUGUACCCCGACCGCCACUAAACUAUGUUCCACCACCAUCGACGAGCUCCAAUACAAGGAAAUACCCGCCUAAUGCACAACCACCAGCACCACUACGUACAACGAUCCUCUUCGGGCGCGGUAUGCGGGAUGACCUGGACUACGAAGACGCCGCAGUGCUGGUGGAGGAUAUGAGGGAAGCCGUGAGGGAGGAGUGGAUGGGACGAAUAUCGACCGAGGUGGAUGUUAGGGAUGGCGAAGAAAGCGUGGCACCCGGCACCAACGGUGGCGGGAAGAGGAAAGGCGCAUGGAAGGUCUAA